AUGUCCAAAAACAUUCUGGAAGAAGAAAAAGUCGCCGCGAUUCAACCAGAUUAUGAACCAGAUUUUGACACGAUACCAACACCAAUCAUAUCCAACGAAUCCACAAAAUCAACCACACUUAACGGGUUACAUUUACUCGAUGACCCAUCAAAUUUUCCAUCCGGAUUUCACACAAGAGCAAUAUUGACAGUGAUUGGAUCCUUUUUAGGUCUAACUGGGGCCCUUGGAUUUGUCAAUGCGGCGGGAGUGAUUCAAUCGUAUGUGACGGACAAUACCCUCAAAGACGAAGCACAAACUGCCAUUAGCUGGAUCUUUUCCCUAUACAAUUUUUUCGCAUUUGGUGGGUUACUAGUAUCAGGACCAGUGUUUGACAAGUUUGGAUGCAAAAUCCCCAUUAUGGUUGGUGGUAUUGUCAUGUUUUUGGGGCUUCUUGCGUCAUCAUUUUGUAAUCGAGUGUGGCAUUUCAUUUUGGCCUAUGGAUUUCUUGCAGGGAUGGGUGCUGCGUUCACAUUCGGUCCAUUCAUUGGUGUCAUCAGCCACUGGUAUUGCACAAAGAGAGCAAUCGCAUUGGGGAUUGCCUAUAGUGGUGGUGGACUCGGCGGAGUUAUAUUCCCCUUACUUUUUAGAUCGCUUUUCCCUAAAAUUGGGUUCGGAUGGUCAAUUCGUGUAGGGGCAUUUUUAUCAUUGUUUCUUUUAGUUGUUGGCUGGGUUAUGGUUACCGAUAGAAAAGAAGAGUUUAGUGAAGUUGGUGAUGGCGGGGUCUUGAAAGAAGUGGCAAAUUCAAUUGAUUUUAAAAUAGUCUACAAGAAUCCAUUGUUUGGGGUUAUUGUUAGCGGCUUGCUCUUCAAUGGGCUAGCGUUUUUGAUUGCCAUGGUUGAACUCCCUCUUUAUGCCACCAAUAGAGGCUUUGAUGAUGGAGAUGCGUAUUUGUUGGUGGUUGUUUUCAAUUCGUUUAGUAUCCCAGGUCGGAUCUUGCCUAGUGUUGUUGCUGACAAGUGGCUCGGUCGGUUCAAUACAUUUUGCAUAAUCAAUUGCUUUUCAUUGGUGAUUUUCUGCGUCAUUUGGGUUCCAUUUGGUGAUUAUUUAACCGCAUUGUAUGUAUUUGCUGGUUGUUUUGGCUUUUCCAGUGGUUCGGUGCUUAGUCUCUCGGCAAGUUUGGUGGCUUCUAUAGUCAAGACUGCUGAUGUUGGUAAAGGUUUGGGCACUGCGUUCUUUGUGUUGUCAUUUGGUGAUUUGAUAGGAUUGCCUAUUGGUAGUGCAAUUGCCAGUGGCUCUCGAGCCAGUUUUGAUCAUUUGGUUUAUUUUUUAACUUCUUGCGCAUUUGUUGGGGCUUGUGUUAGCUUCGUUUCCAGGUAUAUGUACGGAGGUGUCAAUCUAAAACGUAUGUAA